AUAUGGGUUUGAAUCCACUAGUGGUCCAGACUGGUCUGAUGUGUUCCUGUCUCCUUAGAUAGAGGGUGCUGUUUCUAAAAUGAAUCUCUCAGAGGAGUCGAAGACCAAAGGAGGAACCUUCAGCAGUGAGAGGAAGAGGGUCCAGGUAGAAAGAGCAGGGUCACCUGUACCUAGCUGUCUGUCUAUGAAGAGUGAUCGUUCAAUGGAUCGUCCAAUCGUGUUCAGAGGAAAGUUCACAGGUGAUCAAAGGGUCAAGGUGGAAAGAGCAGGGUCACCUGUACCUAGCUGUCUGUCUAUGAAGAGUGAUCGUUCAAUGGAUCGUCCAAUCGUGUUCAGAGGAAAGUUCACAGGUGAUCAAAGGAUCCAGCAGUCACUGAAGUCCAGCUCUUUCAAAGAUAAGAGUACAGAUAAAGUAUCUUCCGCAAAAAAGUCUCUCCUGCGCACUCUGAUGAAGCUGAAGGAUGAAAAGCUGAAGCUGUUCCAGAGCCAUCUGAGUCAGGAUUGCCCUGAAUGCUGUCUUGAAUAUCAGAGUCUGCCUGAAGAUCCUACUUGGCUGGAUAAAUUUAUGAAGUUUAUUAAUGAAUUGUUUGACAGUCAUGAAGCUGAUGAUUACCCAGGAUGCAUUGAGAGAAUGUACAUAGUUGAGAAGAUGCUGGAGACCUGUGGUAGUGAGAGGUCUCUGAAGAUCACACUCAACAUCUUGAGGAACAUGAAGCAGAAGGAUCUCUCUGAUUCACUGGAAAGAGAUGAACAGCGCAAUGAAUCCAUAAAAAGAGCCCAGCAGGAACUGAAAACUCAUCUGAAGAAUCAGUUUGAAUGCAUACUUGAAGGUUUAGCAAAGCAGGGCAACCAAACCCUUUUGAAUGAUAUCUAUACAGAGCUCUACAUCACAGAGGGGGGAAGAGGGGGAGUUAAUAAUGAACACGAGGUCAGACAGAUUGAGACAGCAUCCAAGAGACAAACCACACAGGAGACUGCAAUCCUCUGCAAUGACAUCUUUAAGCCUUUACCUGGACAAGAGAAACCCAGAACUGUGCUUACAAAGGGCAUCGCUGGCAUUGGGAAAACCGUCUCUGUGCAGAAGUUCAUUCUGGACUGGGCAGAAGGAAAAGCCAAUCAGGACGUUGAUUUCAUCUUCACUCUUCCUUUCCGAGAUCUGAAUUUGAAGAAGGAAAUAGCAUUCAGUCUAAUGCAACUUCUGCAGCACUACUUUCCCCAGCUGAAAGAGAUCAAAAGUGUUGAUGGUGAUGAAGUCAAAGUUUUAUUUAUCUUUGAUGGUCUGGAUGAGUGUCGACUUCCUCUAAAUUUCCGAAGCAAUAAGAAGUGCUGUGAUAUAACAGAGUCAUCAUCAGUGGAUGUGCUGCUGACCAACCUCAUUAAGGGGAAUCUGCUUCCCACUGCUCUCCUCUGGAUCACCUCCCGACCAGCAGCAGCCAAUCAGAUCCCUCCUGAGUGUAUCCACGAGGUGACAGAGGUACGAGGGUUCAAUGACCCACAGAAGGAGGAGUACUUCAGGAAGAGAAUCAGAGACCAGAACCUGGCCAGCAGUAUUAUCUCACACAUUAAAUCAUCCAGGAGUCUCUACAUAAUGUGCCACAUACCAGUCUUCUGCUGGAUUUCUGCUACUGUUCUGGAGACAAUGUUGGGUAAAGCAGAGAGUGGAGAUCUGCCCAAAACGCUGACUGAAAUGUACACACACUUCCUGCUCAUUCAGACUAAUGUGAAGAAUCAGAAGUAUCAUGGCACUGAUGAGACAGACCCAAAGAAGAUGUCAGCAUCAGAUACACAAAUCAUCCUGAAACUGGGGAAGCUGGCUUUUCAACAGCUGGAAAAGGGCAAUCUGAUAUUCUAUGAAGAGGACCUGAGAGAGAGUAGCAUUGAUGUUAGUGAGGCUUCAGUGUACUCUGGGGUGUGCACAGAGGUCUUUAAAGAGGAGUGUGGGUUGUAUCAGGAGAAGGUCUACUGCUUUGUGCAUCUGAGCAUUCAGGAGUAUCUGGCUGCCUUGUUUGUGUUUCAUUCAUGUGUAAAUGAGAACAGAAAUGUACUCAGAGCAGAAGAAUCAAAACCUCACAGUGACAGAGUGCAGCUGUCUGAGUUACACAGGAGUGCAGUGGAUCAGGCCUUAAGGAGUAAGAAUGGACACCUGGACUUUUUCCUUCGAUUCCUUUUUGGUCUCUCUCUGGAGUCCAUUCAGUCGCUCUUAGGAGGAAUAUUGACAGAGACAGGAAGCAGAUCAGAGAGCAUUGAGAAAACAGUCCAGUACAUUAAGGACAGGAUCAGAGAAGAGUCUUCAGCAGAGAGGACCAUCAAUCUGUUCCACUGUCUCAAUGAACUGAAUGACAACUACCUAGUGCAGGAUAUCCAGAAUUACCUGAGAUCAGGAAAACUUUCUGAUAAAGAGCUGGAACCAGACCAGUGUUCAGCUCUGGCCUUUGUGUUACUGAUGUCAGAGGAGGUCCUGGAUGAGUUUGAUUUGAAGACCUACAACACAUCAGCAGCAGGUCAUCAGAGACUGGUACCUGUAGUCAGGAACUGCAGGAAGGCCAUACUGAACAGCUGUGACCUCACAGAGAAGUCCUGUGAUAUUGUGGCCUCAGCUCUCCAGUCAUCAAACUCACCCCUGAGAGAUCUGGACCUCAGCUACAAUAACCUGAGAGAUUCAGGAGUGAAGCUGCUCUGUGCUGGACUGAUGAGUCCAAACUGUAAACUACAGAGACUGGGACUGAACAACUGUGAACUGACACAGAAGUGCUGUAAUAUUAUGGCCUCAGCUCUCCAGUCAUCAAACUCACCCCUGAGAGAUCUGGACCUCAGCUACAAUAACCUGGGAGAUUCAGGAGUGGAACUGCUCUGUGCUGGACUGAUGACUCCAAACUGUAAACUGCAGAGACUGGGACUGAACUACUGUGAACUCACACAGAAGUCCUGUAAUAUUGUGGCCUCAGCUCUCCAGUCAUCAAACUCACCCCUGAGAGAUCUGGACCUCAGCUACAAUAACCUGGGAGAUUCAGGAGUGAAGCUGCUCUGUGCUGGACUGAGGAGUCCAAACUGUAAACUGCAGAGACUGGGGACUCGAACACAGAGGCUUAGGAGAAAAGCAACUGGUUUAUUGAGAGGUAUCCAAACUGAGCAGGGCAAUUCAAAACCGGAACUGGACUGGGAAAGGCUGGAACCGGACUGGACAAGACUGGAGCCCGAGCAGGUACAAGCAGGAGCAGGAGCAGGUCCGAGCAAGACUGGAGCUGGAGCAGGUCCGAGCAGGAGCAGGAGCAGGGCCGAGCAGGGCUGGAGCUGGAGCAGGACUGAACAAAAGCAGGAGCGGGGCCGAGCAGGACUGCGGCUGGAGCAGACCUGAGGAGGAACAGGAGCUAGGAAAAAACCGGGGAACAAGACUAAAGAGAAUUUGCAAUCUUUUACGCAAGCCGACGAGAAGUUGCAAGGAACAGCGGCAACGAUCUGGCAGAGAGUGGUAGGCGAGCACGAGAAUACAUACUGGUGAGCGUGACGGGAAAGCGUGCGGAAUGCAGGGGAAACAGGUGGGUAAAAUGAGGUAUUCAGGGAUCGCUGAAACUGAGACUCGCCUUCGCUGUGGAGGCGAGCAAAGAUGGUGAAACAAGAGACAAGAUACACGAGGCAAAACAGAAAACAUGAGAAACGGCAGGGACGUGACAAGAUCAAUGAUCAGUUUAAAAGAAAGUUUUGCACCUCACCAGUUUAAGAAAGAUGGAUAAAGGAGGAAGAAAGUGAGGACAAGAGGAGGAUGACCGAUUAUUUUCGUGGGUAAAAAUAAUUCUCAGCAUUAAUGACACUCAAUAAACUUGAAAUAUAUUAUGUAAAGGCUUGCAUCAAUAGUAUGUAUACAUUCUUUUCAAAACAUUGUUUUCCUUAAUUACAAAUGUGCGCACAAUACAUUAAAGAUACAACUGUUUUGAGCAGAGACAUUCAUUGUACCUUUCUUCACCCACCUCCCACCGGAUCUCAGGGUCCACCCACCUCCCAAAUACCAGUUGCACCCCUGGUUACGACAGUAACCUAAAGUUCUCUUUCAUCAUGUUGUGUUUAAGAUCCACCAACGGGGAGAUAUGGACAACUCCCAGAUUGCCCUAUGCUCACAGCUGUGGCUCGAUUGCUUGAGCCUGACAUGCACUUCCUGUUUGUGGUAGAGAGAGAGAGGAAGAAGUCUUGUGGAGUUUGGAAAAGUUAGUUACA